GUCCACGAACAGCCGCGAAAAAGGAGGGCGAAAGCGGCGGACAAGCGGACCGAGGCGCUCUCAAGUUCGCUCACCGCUCUCACAGGGAGGUGUACCAUUCACGGCUUUAUAGCUCGAAGCCGGUGACCGUGGCGGGCAUUCGGUUUCGAGCAAAUCCUUUCGCACACGCUUUUUCCGCGGAUUUAAAGUGCACAUGCGUGUUGCCGGCGUUCAUCCUUCAAUGCUGCUUCAGUUUUUCUCCCACUGGUCCUCCACUUUCCUGGCCUCUCUCUGUCGGUUUUCCCGCCGAGCUUCUCCAGCGUCUCGGGUCGGGCUUUCGGCCGUGUCAGCGAGAAGCGACUGCUCGAAACUCCACACAUUUCUUGGCUUUCGCGUGAUCCAAGCGACGGAAGAAAACAAUUCAAGCCUCAGCUUCUUCUCGCGUCUCGUUUUUUGGCUGCUCUCCGCAUACGCGGACCUCCUGGGGUCAAAAAAAACGGUGAGAAUCGGUCGCCUACCUGGAGAACCGGCUGUUGGCAGGGUUGUCAGAACACGAGGCGAGAAAGGGAGGCUAUCCGAGAAGGCGAGAAACAGGUCCUCCUUUGGUUCCCGGCCCCCAAAACCAUGUGAGUGCCGGCGGCACUACGGUACUUCCUCCAUCCUCGGAGGAACUUCGUUGUCUUUAGCGAUUUGCUGCUCCUCUUGAAGUCAGCGAAGUCCCCGUGAGACUCCAGUGAAGGCCAUGCGCCGCACGAGUUUCAGGCGGCGCCGAUCCUCCUCAGCACAGUGAGGCAAAGGGAGGCGACACUCUCCUUUCGUCGUUUUCGCUCGAAGCUCUCUACAAAGAACCAGCUGCUCCAGUGUGAGACUCGACAAGCGAACGCAGGUCGAACUGUAAGCCGCUUGUGAUCGCUUCCUCCAGUGGGGUUCUGCGUAAAGCUCUGUAGCUCUGCUCAUUUCUCAUUCUCUUAGGACUUGUGAGAAAUACACUCCAUGCACAAGUCCGAAUUGUUGCUUCAUCGGCCACCCCCCCUCCGCUGCCGCUGAGCCCCUCGCCAGAACGACCAAUCGCCUUUCUUCCCCGGCAACAACGCGGACGAUGUGCCUCGGAUCGUAGAUGAGUAUACUUGCAAAGACACAAAGAAACGACGUCUCAACGUUCUACUGCUCCCUCCCCUGUAGCAUAGUCAUACGCAUCUCUCUCACGUUUUAUCUCUUUAUACCUUUUACAGUACAUACAUACAUAUAUAUAUAUAUAUAUAUAUAUAUAUAUAUACGUAUAUAUGUGUGUGUAAGAGGAUGUACGAAGCAACAGUCAUGCGUCGCUGCUUGGCUCUUCCAGGUUGAAAAGCUAUUUUGAACAGCACCAGAGUGACGAGAUCACCAUGCAGAUCUCUGUGGGAUAUGCGAGGAGGGCAAGCCGUGGAGUGAUGGCACUUGAAGGUCUGUGGAGAAACGACCGCAUCAGUCGGCAAGCAGAUAGGAGACUCGCGAAAGGCGGUGACGUUUCGUUUUCACGGAUUUCGACUCUGGAGCUCCCAAGAAUACACCUGAGAGGCACCCAAGCACAGACGCGUCUGUCUGUGCGUUUCCACCUGGGCGAAUCCGAAGGUGGACUUGGCAGGUCGCGAGGACGUUGUCUCUCUCCGCGGAGUUCAUCUGAGCUCGUAGGGAGACUGCGAGUAUCCCCGCCUUCGUCUGUCUCUGCCGGGUUCUUACCGCGGCCUGCGUCUCGCACCUUCGUAAACUUGUCGCGUUCUCGCCUCUUCUCUCCAAGCAGCCACCUUCCGGCCUUCAACUUUGUCCGGAGGACCGGGAGUUCUUUCCUUCGAGCUCAUGGCGAGGAUCUUGCGAGAGACGGAAAGGCAGGCGACUGGAAAGAGACAUCACAUCCAUGUAGAACAGAGCGAGAGGCUGGGGGAACCGUGUUGCGUCGAAGAAACCCAGAGAUAAAUGGAGGACUGGAAAAGGAGUUGAAUGCGCUGUUCAGAGUGCGAGCUCUCCCGAGGGGAGGCAGAACAGAAGGACUUGAGGGUCGACUAGUAGAAGGAAGCCGGUGUCAAGACACUCCACGCCUUUGCAUGCGUAUCCCAGACGAAGCCUUCUGUCUGUUUCGUCCUCUCGCGCAUCUUCCAACUGCGGAGUCUUGGUCACUCACACGCUUCUCGUCUACGCGUUUCUCAACCUUCCGCCCGUCUGCCUCGUCUUCUCCAGCAUCGUGCUUUCCAACCUCGUCCUCCUCUUCAUCUUCUUCCUCGCAGUCCUCCGGUGCGCCGUCUUCUUCUUCUCCCCCUUCUCCUGCCUCUCCUUUCUCUUCUUCGUCUCCAUAUCCUCCCCCUCCUUCCCCACCGUCCUCUUCUUCUUCUCCAUCUCCCUCCUUUCCCGUCUCUUCGUUUUCUUCUUUCACUCCUUCCUGGGCUCCGCUGUCGCCUCCUUCCUUUUCAGGCCUUCCGCCGCAUGUCGACUCAGAUCUCCAUGACCCUCGGAUGAGUCCAUUGCCAGUGCACCACCUCGGCUUGAAAACUCCAUUUCGUUCUCCCCCAGGAUCUUUCUCUCCAUACACACACCCGCCAGGUCUCCGUCCACCUGCUUCGCCUCCAGUCCUCUCCUCUGCUUCUCCGUGUCUCCCGCCGUCCUCUUCUCAGUCUUAUCCUCAGUCUUAUCCUCAGUCUUCUUCCCCGUCUGCUUCUUCGCCUCCUGCGUCUUCUCCCUCUUCUUCCUCGCCUCAGCCUCCCUUUUUUUCGCAUGAGAAUUUCCUGUUGGAUACUCGGGGGUCUGCAGCUGCGGCCGCGGCUGCGACUGCUGCGUUGGAGAGCAUCUCGCGCGCGGAGAAGCUUCUCGCGGUGGCCGGCGAGGCGGCGGCGGCUCGGGCACUUCACGCAGCUCGCGAAAACUGGGAGAAAAUGGCCAACAGAAGCAGCGGGUCCGGGGACGUCGACGAGCUCCGCCAGGCGCUUCUCCUGCAAGUCGCUGCGGCAGAGACCAAGGCCGCGGAGGACGCCCUCAAGAGAGCAGGCGCUUUUGGCGGCGCAUCACAGCCGCCACCGUCGCGUCGAGAUUUGUGGCUUCUGUCUCUCUCUUCGAGUCUCCCUUUUGUCGGCUUCGGCCUCGUCGACAACUGCAUCAUGAUCGUGGCAGGCGACCUCUUCGACACGACUCUGUGCGUGACGCUCGGCCUGACCACGAUGGCAGCUGCAGCGCUGGGGAACUGGAUCUCCGACUUGAUGGGACUCUGGCUCGGCUCCCGCAUCGAGGCUCUCAGCUCGCGGAUUCUCCCCAUUCCGAAGCCCUCUUUGACACCCGAACAACGCGAGAGCCCCAUAUGUCGCAAGCACUACUAUAUUGGAACUGGGAUCGGCAUUUCGAUUGGCUGUCUCCUCGGCAUGGCGCCUUUGCUUUUCCUCGACACGCAGGAAGGCGAGAGAAGAAAGCAGCAGAGAGAACAAGCUCGCGUUCUUCACUCGGAAGUCGCUGCUGCCCUCCAGAACUACCUCCAGGCCGAGCACGUAGUCCUUUACCUCCUCGACUCCAGGGACAACGCGUUCUACACUCUCGUCGAUGGCCAGCGUGUCUGCGUCCCCUCUCACUCCGGAACUCCCGGCGUUGUUUUUGAGACUGGCAAACUCAUCAGCUGGGAAGGGCGGCAUGUGAAGGACAACCGGAAGACUCCGGAACCAUUGCCGGAACGAGAGAAAUCCGUUUCUCUCUCUUCCCUGUCGUCGCUCCUCGUCGCUUCUCCUCUCUGCGCAGUCAUCAACGAUAAUUCCGGGGAUCGUAGUCCGGCAUCGUCUCCUUCCGCUCUUCCUUCCUCUCCCUCUUCUCCAGCGUGUUUCGCUUCCUUACCAGACAAUGGCGGGGAGACAGUUGAAGUGGAAGACGCGAAAAGGAGACAAGUGGAGACUCCGGCGCUCCUGUCCGCGUUCUCUGCUUUUUGGAGACGCGCGCGACGCCAGGAAAGUCAGAACGGAGGGACGGAGGACGCCGAAACAGAGACAAAUGGCCGCGCCUCGCCUGAAGAGAAGAAACGAGCAGGAGAGAGGAGCCCCACAAAAGUGAGCGAAGCAGAUGGGGAGAAGACACUGCAGGCGAAGACAGGAAACGAAACCCACGAGAUCGGUGAAGAUGUCCUCCCCUUGCCUGGUGUGCAUACACCCGCAAGAGCGUCGGAAGUGAGGCAUGUCUUGGCGGCGCCUGUGUUUGGAUUCGAGGGCAACAUCAUCGGAGUGAUCGAGGUAAUCAAUCCCGUCGGCCGGGCUCGCUUCAGUCGCGAGGACAGAGAUUUCCUCAUCUCCAUCUGCCCUCACAUUGCAGUUGAAAUCGAGGGCCACCAUCAUCUCACGAAAAUCUUAGAGCUGUGUCGAAAGCAGGUUGCCAGCAGGGAGAAGGCGACGCCUGUCCGAGAGCACGAAGACAAGAGGAGCCUCGAACUUCAAACUGACGCUUCGCUCUACUAGAGACGAAAGCAACGAAGACCCUGCUACGCGUUCACUCAGGUUUACACUGCUCUUCUAGCCUUCUGCGCGUUCCCUCUAACAGCUUUGGUUUUUUGUUUUUGCUAAAAAGCCGAUAAAAAACACGUCACUGCAGUCUCGUGUUUCAGAUGCGCAGGCUUCAGCUAGCCACGCGCUUCCAGGUAGCUAGGUGUAUGUACAUUGGAAUCCUCAUCAUGCAAAGGCAUAUACAGCGUUUUGUCGAUGUGAAGAAAUUCAAUGACAUCUGUGACUCUGCACAACAUAUGUAUAUGUAUAUAUGUAUAUAUAUUUGUGUAUAUACGCAUGUCCGAGCUUUACGAGCAGUUUUCUUUUGAAAGGGAACAAGCAGAACGUUCUGUUGGUCUUGUUUAAACGUUUGUUUCAGAUACACCGAACCGUAAAAAGUCGAGACACAUGCA